AUGACUGCUAUAGGAAAUAUGGUUUAUUUUAUAGGGAUAGAGAUUAUGCAUUCUGAGAAAGGCAUCAUUUUACAUCAUCUUGAACUUGAGCUUCUGAAGAGGUUUGAGCCGCUGAAUUGUAAAGUUGUUGUCACACCUGCUAAUAAAAAUCAGAAAUUGGAUUCUGAUUCUGAUGGUGAUAAUGUAGAUGCGACAAUGUUCAAGCAGUUGGUAGGCUCUCUGAGGUAUUUGUGUAAUAUCAGACCUAAUAUUUGCUAUAAAUUUGGAAUGGUGAGUAGAUUUAUGAGUAAACCGAAAUGGUUUCAUUACCAAGUCACUGUCAAAAUUCUGAGGUAUAUAAAUGGAACUCUGAAGUAUGAAGUUUUGUUCCCUUCUAGUGCUGAAACUAACUCAGAAGUUCUGAGUUACUCAGAUUUUGAUUGGUGUGGAGACACAGUCGACAAAAGAAGUGACGUGAUUGCAUGUCAAGUUGUGGCUUCUGAAUUUACUGCAGAAUCUGAAGAUCAAAGUAAACAAGCCUCUAAAGUUGAUGAUUGA